AGGUGCAGCGCCUCUGUUGCGUAGUGUCGGGUGUUUAGUUGUUCAACGACAGCAUUGCAGACGAUGCGUAACUCUCCCGAGGAAUAUAUGAAUCGUCUUGUGUAUCGAACUGGCCGCUUUGAUUGAGGUAUUAACGUCAUUCGGCGCGGAGUAGCACGACAACAAAUGCUCGCCUCCUUGACGCCAAAUUGUUGAUGUGUUGUGACUGGUAUUAACAGUUAUUCGGACAUUGUGACCCCCAUUCGUUGUCUUUCAACUCUUUCUGAAUGGAAUUAACGCUAUAAGAUCACCUGUUUACGUCGGCUGUUCUUGUUAUGUUUUCAGAGUAUGGUGAGCAACGGCUACAGCGGCCCCAGCAGCGGCGGGGGCGGGGCAUUUGACAAGCUGGAGGACGCUAUGUCAACCCUGAACAGCCUGUUCUCCUUCACGAGCCCCGCCGUGAAGAAGCUGCUAGGCUGGAAGCAGGGUGACGAGGAGGAAAAGUGGGCGGAGAAGGCAGUCGACUCACUUGUCAAGAAAUUGAAGAAGCGAAAAGGGGCUAUCGAGGACCUCGAGAAGGCCCUGUCUUGUCCAGGCCAGCCAUCAAAGUGUGUCACUAUUCCGCGGUCCCUGGAUGGAAGGUUGCAGGUUUCACACCGAAAAGGCCUGCCUCAUGUGAUCUACUGUCGGGUCUGGAGAUGGCCAGACCUACAGAGCCACCAUGAACUCAAGCCCCUCGAAUGCUGUGAAUACCCCUUCUCAGCGAAACAGAAGGAAGUGUGCAUCAACCCUUACCACUACAAGAGAGUUGAAAGCCCAGUCCUGCCUCCCGUGCUGGUUCCCCGGCACAGCGAGUACCCUCCAGGGGGCCACACGAUGAUUCCUCCGGUUUUCCAACAAGUGGCCGAGUCUGCAAUGCCGCACAAUGUCAGCUUCUCGGCGCAAGGCUUCAGUGCCACCACUUCGGGGUCAGGGGUCACGGCGGGCACAUCCCCUGCAGCGGGAACCACGGCAGCCGCGGGCGUUCCCUCACCGGGCCCCAGCCUUGGCAGCUCCGCACCUAACAGCCCCUUUGGAUUGCCUGCAGACACUCCUCCACCUGCUUACUCAGCUCAGGACGACAGUCAAUCUGCCACUGAUGACCAGCCCCAAUCAAUGGACACAUCGACUGUUCCUCCUGACGUGUCCCCGGUCACCUACCAAGAACCACAGUAUUGGUGCACCAUCGCUUAUUAUGAGCUGAACUCAAGGGUGGGCGAAAUCUUCCACGCACAGAGCCACAGCAUCGUCAUCGAUGGCUUCACCGACCCAUCAAACAACAGCAACCGCUUCUGCCUUGGCCUCCUGUCAAAUGUCAACCGCAACUCAACAAUUGAGAACACAAGGCGGCACAUUGGAAAAGGCGUUCAUCUGUACUACGUUGGAGGCGAAGUUUAUGCCGAAUGCCUCAGCGACAGUGCCAUCUUUGUACAGAGUAGGAACUGCAACCACUCGCACCAGUUUCAUCCAACCACUGUUUGCAAGAUUCCGUCGGGCUGCAGCCUGAAGAUCUUCAACAACCGAGAAUUUGCCGAACUGCUGACCAUGGCAGUCAACAAUGGCUUUGAAGCCGUGUAUGAGCUGACCAAAAUGUGCAUCAUCCGCAUGAGCUUUGUCAAGGGCUGGGGUGCCGAGUACCACCGCCAGGAUGUGACCUCAACGCCUUGCUGGAUUGAAGUGCACCUCUCUGGGCCUUUGCAGUGGCUUGACAAGGUGCUCACGCAAAUGGGCUCACCGCACAACCCAAUCUCGUCGGUUUCGUGACAAGACCCCUCGUUUUCUUUUCUACCGGCAGUACUUCCCUCUUCACCCGUUCCUCUGCCGUUCACAGAUCCCCUCCCUCCUGCCAUGUUUUACAAGCAGUCUCAACACCCACACAUCGUCUGCAGGCGACAAGAUGGUCUUCUCUUGCCCUUCUCGCAUGCUUGGUGUUGUGUUGUUUCUGGAGUCGGCUACACAGCGCGUUUGCUGGAAACUAUGACUACCAGGUGGGCUUGGCUCCAAGUCGGUGCCAUUCUCUCUGGGCACUAGUGCGAGCACAAAGCAAGAUGCCUUCUUGUGGUGGUGUGGUUCCCUCAGCUUCGCCGUGACACCAGAGUCUUUUCUGUGUGUGUGUGUGUGUGUGUGUGUGUGUGUGUGUGUGUGUGUGCAUGUGUGUGUGUUUGUUUGAAAGCUCCCUUGUGUGUUAGACAAACACGUGGCACUCAACACGCGCGAGCUGAGUGACAGGUGCAGUUUGCGGGGGUUUCACCACUGCGCGGCGACUCGCGUCGCAUCCGCUACGAAUUGAGUCUGCAUUGUGUGUUGCGCAAGUUUUUCUUUUACAUAUGCAAAGAGCCCGGAAGGUUGCUUUCUUGGUGGUAGUAUCAGCACAUGUACCAGCACAUCUGUGAAGGCAUGAAAUUGGGCUAGUUUUGUGGAUGUCCAUCAUUCUUGCGCUGAUGAGUGAGGCAAUGGUACACAGACGUGAGCGUAAAGAGAUGGUACUGGACAGAUGAAACACAGCAACAUUACUUGAAGAAGGAAGGGUGGGAGCAGUGAUAGAGCCAUAAUUUCAAUCGCUCUUGGAUUUGUCUUCGGUGCAUGUUGUAAACCGAGCACUAGAAAGUCUAUUGUGCCCUGUUGUUACCAUUAACACACGAAUGAUUGAUAUAAUUGGUGCAUUGUCUUUCGUGUUUGAUUUAAAUAGCAUAAGGUUGCACUCGGCAGACACCAUCGACCAUGUCUUGUGGAAGGUCAUUUGGCUAUCCUGUCUUUUCCUAAAUAACUGGAAAAACUUUAUAAAGUGGGAGUGAAUUAUCGGCAACUUUCAUGUGGUGAGGCUUAUGCAUAAAACAGAUGGUAUAGCUCUGCGUGUUGUCUGCUUUAUGACUGGUUGCACCAACAACCACGUCCAACGAGUUUCAGGUAGGUUCCGAAAGUUGGAGAAGCCAUGUUUCCAAGAAUCCUGCUUGUCUCAUUGAAUGGUUUGUUCUACCAUGUGUCUUGUGCAUUACUUGGUUGUUAACAAGCUCCCUCUAGUGUGUAAAGAAUCUGCAAAAGAUACAAGGAACACAAGGACAGGUUUCUGUACUACCAUUUGCAUCUGUAACAGUGUAAAGGCGCUCGUGCACAAUUUCUGUCACUGCAUUAUUGCAUUUCUGCACCAACCUCUGGUUGUCAACUUUUGAUCGAUGUUGCCUACAUAAUUGUGUAAGUGGUGAAAAUAAGAAAGAGCACUCUAAAAUUUGUGUCAGAAACUUAAGUGCAAGUUGCACAUCUGUUGCUCACUUUUCAUAUUUUUUCCCAUCCCUCCUCCCCCCAUUUUCCUUUUUCAUUCAAGCACCUACAGCCUGCUGCUGUCCACAUUUUCUCACCAUGAGCCCCUUUUUAAAAUUUUUAUUUUAAUACACAGUUCUAAUUGUUCUAUUUUAAUUUGAUUUUACUCGCCAUGUCAUUGCCAUUCUUUUGGCUCCGUGAAAUAGUUUUCUUUAAGCUUUUUUGGCAGGCCUGAAAACCUGAAGGCUGCCCGUGGAUGAUUUAUGGGUGUUCUGUCAAUGUAACGUUCAUAACUACACCCGUUGUUAUGCUGUACGCUUUUUCUUUUUUUUUCCUUUUUAAACUUGCCUGUCAUAGACAUUUGCAGUAAUCUGCUCAUACUUUAGGGGGAUGCUGCUGUUUUGCUGUAUUUGCCAGUGGUCUUUAUUGAGUCUGGGGUUAUUUGCACAGUUUGCUUGGGCAAAGAAAAAUAAAAAAAAAAGGAAUGCAUUCACAAAUAUAAAGGUUACUUUGCAGCUCUCAAAACAACUGUUAAUGAAUGGACCUAAGCCGAUGCCACUUUUGAGAAACUUAGCAACCAGUGUCCAUGCUACGAAAUAGUCAUUUUUCAAGUGUAUCGCUUUCAACUCGGGCAGAUUGGACAACAGAGAAAGAAAUUUAUGUGCGUGCAUGUACACGUUAUUCUUGCAUCACAUAGCAGUUGAGUGUAUUGACAAAAUGAGUGGCAGAAAGCUUGUGCUGACAAAGAGAGACUGUUGCUAAAGUGAGCGACCUUGUCAGGCCAUGGGAAGCAUCCCAAGAAGGAAUUGUGUUGGAAGGUGCGUUUACUUUCGGGAACAUCACUGAAGUGCAGGUGUGAUAAGUUUUCAUUUUCUUUCUUAUUUUUCUGUCAUUUUUGUCUACUACCAGUUGAUUAUAGUUUCACCAAACAGAUAAUCUCUCCUUCUAAAGCAAAAGCUGGUAGAUAAUCUCUCCUUCUAAAGCAAAAGCUAGUAGUGAGGAUUCUUGGCACAGAUUAGUCGGGGCUCAGAUUUUAAAUGUCAAUUGAGAUGUUCCCUCACCACCGCCAUUAGAGUUCCUAGCCUGGAGUCGUAUGAGGAUGCCUCUUGAUUAUGCGGGAACAGAAAAACAAUACUUUACUAGAGUGUGCUUUUUACACAGUGUGCUCUUGAGUGGGUUCUACACCUGGCUGCCAAGGUUGUCAAAGUAAGUGAGGUUUGACAACGACAACAACAAACAAUUCUAUGGCUGCACUACGCUACUUUGUUUCAGAAGGUGCACUAUGGUGGUCUGCAGCCUUUCAAAUCCUGGAACAUGUGCAUUGUUGCAGGAAGAUUUAGCUCUUUUGGGGCCAUCGAGUUGUUUUAUCAAAGACGGUAUACUCGUUUUUUUUUUGACUCAGUGGGGUUAGUUUCACAUGCGUCGUGAGAGCCAGCGGGCAUGUCUUGUCCGGUGCCUUAUCCACUGGGAUUUGAAAACAAAGUUUGGUCUUUGGUAAAUAUUGUUGCUGCUUUCUGGAAGCAUCUGAUCUGAUUGGCAUUUUGCCGAAUUUGGCAGGUUGCUUGCAUGGGUGCUUGCACUUUUUUGUUCCAUGCUUAUGCGCAAACCGUGUGUAUGUGAUUGGUAUUGAAGUAAAACUAUUUUGUAAGUUUCAGCUUUUAUUGUUAGUAAAAUUGUAGUAGGUGGUGAGAGAGGAUGGAGGUUACUAGGCAUCUGAAAAAAAAAAAAGAAACAAUUUGAACUGCAAGUGUGACAAGCUCUAGAAGUUAAAUUAGUUUGCUUGUUUCAACUUCUAUUAUUAGUCAAAUUGGUGUGUUUGGGGUGGGGGAUGAGAGAUCACAAUGACAUCUGUCGUAAAAGCUGUUAACUUGAGCUGCUGCCCGCCAUUUUGCUGUUUAGGCAUUGUAAGUGUGACAAGCUCUUGGCAUUACUGGUAGGGCCAGCUGUCGCAAGCAUAAUGCGCUCCCUGGUUAUUCAGUGCCUGCUUUUGGCCAUCAUUUUGCACAAAUUGGGUGACCUGCCUAUAGCGGUGCAUCGAGACACCUUUGGAAACAUUUUACAUGCACAAGCUUUUGCUGCAAUGUGGUCCUUGCUGACAAGUAAUGUUUACUGCACAGUUUUAUUGGGGCACUAUUGUUUCAUGUCUGCUUUUGAGCUGCACUUUUGGGUACAUGUUGUCAUAGAUGUUUUCUGGAGGUACCACUUCGAUUUUGAGCUAUUGGGCCCAAUACUACUACAGCAGUAGCAGUAAGCAGUUGAACAGCAGCUUGCACAUUUUUUUCUCGGCUUAAUAAUGGAGUUGCUUGGAGCUCUGUACUGAGCAUUUCAGUUUCUAUGUGUUGUUCAUUCUAGCAGUAUAUAAAGUGAAGGUUGAUGCAAUAAGUCUUUGCUCUUGACCCUGCAUUACUGAUGUAUUGUACAGUUUUUGUCAGAUUGUUUGCUGCAAUAUCUUAGAACAAGAUCUACAUUUGGUCAUUUCUGACAAGAAAAUGUUAUGCAUGUAAUAUAGCACAUAAACAUUUGCAUUUUUUUGCGUUGCAAUGUAGCAUUUUAACUUUUUAAUCAUAGCGUGUUGAUGCUGCUUUCGUGUACUUCUUGCACUGUGUAACAAGUUUGCAUUAGUAAGGCAAGUGUUGUAUGCUGCUCGUUGUUGCCAUAUGUGCGAUGUGGUCGAAGGUGUUCUUUCGUAACUAUAGCCAUUCACUCAGCUGGUGCUAAGCAUAGUGGAUAUAUAUGUAGCACAUGUACACAUUUUGUGCGUAGCAUACAUUUACACACCGAGAUGAGCAGAAAUGGUGCAUGGCCUUGCAUUCUUUUAAUUUCUUAUCAUUUGUAAAUGUUUAACUCUCAACCAGCCUUGUAGAAUGGCUUGUCUCUGCAAGGUUUUUCUUGUAUGCGAUUGAGGGCACAAGACAAGCACGCCUUCAGUUUCAUUUCAUUGUUGUUGAGCGUGUGUAGUUGCACUUUUUUGAAGUUGUAACCAUGCUAUGCAGAGAAAAACUAUACACUCAAGAGUUGCAUCGUGUGGACUCUUCCAUCCAGCAAAUAGUUUUUCAAAGUGCGCCCUUUGAAAUGCCUUCUCCUUUUUUAAAAGCUUCAAUGAGAUUAUUAUUGCUACGUGCCUUCAGCAAGCAAAGCUGUUUUUACCAAUUCUGUGCUGCACUUUUUGCGCCACUUUUCGGCCGGCUGUUACAUGAACAUACAGCCACAUUUGAUGCUAGCCAACCGUGUGAAGAGCUUGUUACGAUUCACAUUUCCUUUGCCGCAAGUUGAUAACUCCAUUCUUAUUGCAGGAGCAUGUCACAUUUGUGUCCUUACAGCUCUACAUUGAAGCUUGGUGGCUUUGUACAGUUUGUAUUUGAAGCAGUUGAGUGCAGAGCGAUGUGUGUGCGUGCCUGUGUGGUGCCCUCUCUUUCGUAUUUCGAAUUGGACUGUAGCAGAAAAUAAAAAGAAACAUUUCUCCGAA